UUAUUCUUCCGUUCGCUCGGCUCUUUCCUCUCGCCAUUUCCCUCCGCCUCCACACCACCCCCCUUUCGAGAAAAACCUAGGGUUUCUAUUCCCAUCCUCCCACACCCGCCUCACCACAGAGCUGGAUUGCUCCUCCUUCCUUCGGCGGAUUUCCAUGCGCCGCUGGGCCAGCGGCUUCGUCGAUUAGGCCGCGCCCGCGAUCUCCGCCGAUCGGUGCCAGGGAACCGCGGGUAGGUCCUCGGGUUGGGAUUCCAUUUUCGAGGCGACGGUUGCGGCCAGGCGGGCCGGGUUUGGGUUAUCGGGAGCUUUGAUCGGAUGGCGUUGGGAGAUCUGAUGGCGUCCGGGUUGUCCGGGUCUUCGGCGUCCGUUUCGAACCAUUUGGAUGAGUUCUCCGGCCGGGAGGACGGGGACGGGGCCACAGCCGCGGAGGGGAGCGAGCCUGAGGUGGCUACCCCGGCCGGGGGUAUCCUAGCGGUAAGGGCGUCCGCUGCGGCCACCAGCAUGGUGUACUUGCCGCACACGGUCGUGCUGUCCGAUUUCCGGCACGAGGGCUUCGAGGAUUGCGCCGCAGUGGGGCCCUCGGAUAACGGGUUGGUGUCUAAGUGGCGGCCCAAGGACCGGCUGAAGACUGGGUGCGUUGCGCUUGUGUUAUGUUUAAAUAUUGGUGUUGACCCGCCUGACGUUAUAAAAAUAUCUCCAUGUGCUCGAAUGGAAUGUUGGAUAGAUCCACAUUCUAUGGCUGCUCCCAAAGCCCUUGAAACAAUUGGAAAGGCAUUGCAUGCUCAAUAUGAGCGUUGGCAACCUCGGGCUCGUUAUAAACUUCAACUGGAUCCUACUGUGGAGGAAGUAAAGAAGCUCUGCAAUACCUGUCGCAAAUAUGCUAGGUCAGAAAGAGUUCUCUUCCAUUAUAAUGGGCACGGAGUACCAAAGCCUACUGCUAAUGGAGAAAUUUGGGUUUUCAACAAGAGUUAUACACAAUAUAUUCCAUUGCCAAUUAGUGAGCUUGAUUCUUGGCUUAAAACACCAUCAAUAUAUGUCUUUGACUGCUCUGCGGCGGGGAUGAUUAUCAGUGGUUUUUUAGAGCGCCAAGAGUGGAAUUCUUCUGGUGCCACGGUUUCAUCAUCAAAGGACUGUAUUCUGCUUGCUGCUUGUGAAGCUCAUGAAACCCUUCCACAGAGUGCUGAAUUUCCUGCUGAUGUGUUCACAUCCUGCUUGACCACUCCAAUUAAAAUGGCAUUGCGAUGGUUUUGCUCUCGCUCUUUACUCCGUGGUUCUCUUAGUUACUCUCUUAUCGAUCAAAUUCCUGGUCGUCAAAAUGACCGAAAGACACUUCUAGGAGAGUUGAAUUGGAUUUUUACUGCUGUCACUGACACAAUUGCAUGGAAUGUCCUACCUCAUGAUCUUUUUCAGAGGUUGUUUCGGCAAGAUCUUCUAGUUGCAAGUCUUUUUCGAAAUUUCCUACUUGCUGAGCGAAUAAUGCGGGCUGCAAAUUGCUCUCCUGUUUCCUAUCCAUUGUUGCCACCAACUCAUCAGCACCAUAUGUGGGAUGCAUGGGACAUGGCUGCUGAGAUUUGCUUGUCUAAGCUUCCACAGUUGAUUGCCGAUCCAAAUGCAGAAUUUCAGCCAAGCCCAUUUUUCACCGAGCAAUUGACAGCUUUUGAGGUGUGGCUGGAUCAUGGUUCUGAGCAUAAGAAGCCACCAGAGCAGUUGCCGAUAGUUCUCCAGGUUUUGUUAAGCCAAUCUCAUCGAUUCCGAGCAUUGGUACUGUUAGGAAGAUUCCUUGAUAUGGGACCUUGGGCUGUGGAUCUGGCCUUGUCUGUUGGGAUAUUUCCUUAUGUUCUAAAGCUUUUACAAACUACUGCAACUGAAUUACGUCAAAUUCUUGUGUUCAUCUGGACCAAGAUUCUUGCGCUUGAUAAGUCUUGUCAGGUAGAUCUGGUGAAAGAUGGAGGUCACACAUAUUUUAUCAGGUUUCUGGACAGCAUGGAUGCAUAUCCUGAGCAACGGGCAAUGGCAGCUUUUGUUUUAGCUGUUGUUGUGGAUGGACAUCGGCGAGGACAAGAAGCAUGCAUUCAAGCAAAUCUAAUACAUGUUUGUUUGAAACAUUUGCAACUCGCUAAUCCAAGCGAUGGGCAAACAGAACCUUUACUUCUUCAGUGGCUAUGUCUAUGCCUGGGAAAACUCUGGGAGGAUUUUCCAGAAGCACAAAUCAUAGGUCUGCAAGCAGAUGGGCCAUCGAUAAUUGUUCCUUUAUUGAUGGAACCACAACCUGAGGUUAGAGCUGCUGCUGCUUUCGCUUUGGGUACUCUUAUUGAUGUUGGAACCAUCACAUUUGGUGAGGGACAUGGAGGUGUUGAGGACAUUGAUGUUGAUGAAAAAAUAAAAUCUGAGCUGAGUAUUAUUAGAAGUCUUCUGCAAGUUGCUGCAGAUGGAAGUCCUUUGGUUAGGGCUGAGGUUGCUGUUGCUCUUGCUCGCUUUUCCUUUGGUCACAACAAGCAUCUGAAGUCAAUUGCUGCUGAAUACUGGAAGCCCCAGGCUAACUCCCUUCUGAGCUCCUUGCCAUCUUUGGCUAGCAUUAGCAAUCCUAGUUGCUAUAACCCAAGUCAGUUUAUUCAGGUAGGGAGCACCAUUUCCUCAAACAUUGGUCCUGUAUUAAGGGGUAGCAGUGACAACACUGCUGGUGUUCGAGAUGGAAGGAUCUCUACAAGUAGUCCCGUCACAUCAACUGGCGUUAUGCUUGGUUCUCCGUUAUCUGAUGAUUCUUCACAUCAUUCGGAUUCUGGUAUAUUGAUAAAAGAAACUGCCAGUAAUGGGGUCAUUGAUUACCCUAGAGCAAGACCUCUUGAUAAUGCUCAAUAUUCUCAAUUUAUUUUGGCCAUGUGUAACAUGGCAAAAGAUCCGUCUCCGCGUGUUGCCAACGUUGGCCGAAGGGCACUCUCUAUAAUUGGUAUUGAACUAGUGGUUGCAAAAGCUGCAAGGUUUGGUGCUGGGGGUAUACACCAAGGAGAUUCUUGUGCUCCAUCUCAUCUUUCAAAUCUUUCUGGGUUAGCACGCUCAUCUUCAUGGUUUGACUUAAAUGCUGGCCAGUUAUCAAUGACAUUCCGAACUCCUCCUGUUAGUCCUCCUCGACAAAAUUAUCUGACAGGAUUGCGUCGUGUGUGUUCUUUGGAGUUCAGGCCACACCAACUGAGUUCUCCAGACACUGGACUAGCUGAUCCACUUUUAGGAGCUUCUGGAUCUUCUGGGGGUUCUGAGCGUAGCUUACUCCCGCAAUCAACUAUUUACAACUGGAGUUGUGGUCAUUUUUCGAGGCCACUUCUUGCUGGUGCCGAUGACAGUGAAGAAACUAUUGCUAGAAGAGAAGAAAGAGAGAGAAUUGCUUUAGAUCGCAUAGCUAAAUGCCAACAUUCCUCUAAUAGUAAACUUGGGAAUCAAAUUGCAAGCUGGUACACAAAGUUUGAAACUGGCACAAAAGCUGCUUUGCUCUUGCCUUUUUCUCCUAUUGUAGUUGCUGCUGAUGAGAAUGAACGGAUCAGGAUAUGGAAUUAUGAAGAAGCUACUCCAUUGAACAGCUUUGAUAAUCAUGAUUCUUCUGAUAGAGGAAUAUCUAAGUUGUGUCUUGUGAAUGAACUUGACGACAGUUUGCUUCUAGUUGCUUCGAGUGAUGGAAAUGUUCGCUUUUGGAAAAAUUACACUGUAAAGGGGAAGCAGAAGCUCAUAACUGCAUUUUCUUCAGUUCAAGGUCAUCGAGGUGCUGCUCGCGGUACAAAUGCAGUAGUGGACUGGCAGCAGCAAUCUGGUUAUUUGUAUGCCUCUGGUGAGAUAUCAUCUAUCUUGCUUUGGGAUCUGGACAAAGAGCAACUUGUCAGCUCUAUUCCAUCAUUAUCUGAUAGCAGCAUAUCAGCACUGUCUGCUUCUCAAGUCCAUGGGGGUCAAUUUGCUGCUGGUUUUGUUGAUGGUUCUAUCAGAAUAUUUGAUGUUCGCACUCCGGAAAUGCCUGUUUGCACAGCAAGACCACAUACCCAAAGAGUGGAAAGAGUUGUUGGUAUUGGUUUUCAACCUGGACUUGAUCCGACUAAGAUUGUCAGUGCAUCUCAAGCUGGGGAUAUACAAUUUCUGGAUAUAAGAAACCAAACUGAGCCAUAUCUCACUAUUGAUGCACAUAGGGGCUCACUUACUGCCUUGGCGAUUCACCGUCAUGCCCCAAUCAUUGCGAGCGGCUCAGCCAAGCAGAUUGUGAAGGUGUUCAGCCUAAGAGGAGAGCAGCUAAGCAUCAUUAGAUAUUACCCUACUUUUAUGGCUCAGAGAAUAGGUUCUGUUAGCUGCCUCACUUUCCAUCCAUACAGAGUGCUACUUGCUGCUGGUGCAGCCGAUGCCUGUGUAUCUAUUUAUGCAGAUGAUAGCUACCAAGCAAGAUAACUAGCUGCUAUGAGUUUCAUUUAGAACAUGCAGACCUCUAACCAAGGAACAUGGUUAUAGCUACCUGAUGAACAAGUGAGCUGAUAACUGCAGCUACUACAGAUCAUCACAUUUUGGGUACAUAAGCCUCUGGCUCUGCAUGUGAAAUUUGUAUCUCAGUGUUUAUUAGCCUCCAAUGAGCUUGGCACGUCGUCAAAAUUCCUGCAUCAUCACUGGGGGCUCUCACAAAUAAUCAUACUUAGGUAAAAGAUGUAAAUAGUUCCUUUUCUUUGGAUGAUUGUCUUUUUUUUUCUCAUUGUCAUCUUUUGUUUUGUUGAAUUUGUAAAAUUUCUUCAUAUUAUAAAUUAAGUAUGGUGGCUUUUUGGGCUAGGUUUGUGAUGUUACAUCCCAAAAAGUUUCUGAGCAUUAAACCACCUAGCUGCUGAUGUUUCAUUCUUUCUGUUGGUAAAUGAGUUUCUCAUCGUUGUGCA